AUGUAUAUUGAAAAUUUCAAAACUUUUUUUGAAAUUUUUCAACUGAGUAGUACAUUUAUAUACGAAUUAAUAGAUGACAAUUUCAUAGCUUUUUAUAGUCAUCCAAAAUUUAAUGUUAUUGGAAAUGGAAGAACUAAAGAUAGUGCAAAAAUAGAAUGCUGUAAACAAAUUGUAAAAUAUUUAAUGAAAUUACCAAAUUACAAAACUGAUUUUACAAAUUUUCUUUACGAUACAAAUUUCAUGACUUCACCGUCUAGACUGAGGUUUAUUUUUUUAGAAAAAACUACAAAACUUGGCUUGAGGGUGGUAUUUAAAAAUGACAUAUCAAAUAAUGAUAAUAAAAAAUAUACUAUACAGGUAGAUGGAAUUACUUUUAAUAGUUACGAAGAUAAAACUAUUGAUGCAGAAAGUAUUGCUUUAAUUACAGCAAUUUGUGGCAUACAAACAAUAUAUGGCAAUGUUAAUACUUUCUUUGAUUUGACAAAAUAUAAAGAUCUUUUUAGCGGUCCAUUUUAUAUAAAGGCAUUAUAUUUAAUUUGCGAUAAAAUGGCAUGGAGUAUAAACUAUCAUGUAGAAAAAAAUAAUUUUGAAACUUUUUUUAAAUCACAUUGUUUAAUUGAAAAAAAAGAUCUUACUGAAUUUUCUAUAGAAGAUACCGAAAAUCCUCCAGAUGUUGAUGGUAUUUAUGGUUAUGGGCAAAAGAAAAAAGACGCUGAAGGAAAUUGUGCAAAACAAAUUUGCCUUAGAAAAUUUAAAAACGCAAAUGUCCAAUUUUUUAUUUGUCAAUUUAAAAAUGAACUUCAGCACUUUAUUAAUACUAAUUAUCCUAAAGAAGUAUUAAAUUUUUAUAAUCCAGUACAAAUUAAUACUGAACCUCCAAUAUUUGAAGCUAAAUGUGUAUUAAAAUCACUAACCACAGUUGGAAUUGGAAAGAAUGGGAAGGAAGCACUACAACUUGCAGCGUUUAAGAUGCUUGUUAUAUUAAAAACAAGUUAA